AUGUCUCGUAAAACUGAUAGACUUGCCAAGAAGGCAUCAAAGGCAACAAAGAAGGUCAACACACCUACUGUCGAAAAGGUUGAAGCCGCUGAAGAAUCCAGCGAGGAAGAGAUUCCUGUCCUUGAAGAAGAUAUCGAAGAAGACAUUGAGGAAGAGGAUUUAGAAGAGGAUGAGGAACUCGACGAGCAAGAUAUUGAAGAUGAAGAGAAUAGUGAAGACGACGAUGAGGAAGUAGCUGGUGAAAAGAAGUCUCGUGCAUUGAGACCUAGAAUUAACGACGAGGCUGCCAUGAUUCGUAUUACAGAGACCUUCAAGUUGAAGGAUUUGCCCUGGAUUGAGACCAUGACCAUCACUUCUUCUGAACCCGUUGUUGUUGAGGAUCCCAAAGAUGACAUGGUUCGUGAAUUAGCUUUUUAUCAACAAGCACUUGAAGCCGCCAAGCUUGGUAGAGAACUCGUCAAGAAGGCUGGUGUUGAUUUCUCCAGACCUGAAGAUUACUUUGCUGAGAUGUUAAAGAGUGAUGAACAUAUGGCCAAGAUUCGUCAAAGAUUAUUGGAUGAAGGUGCUUCCGUCAAGGCUUCUGAGGAUGCUAAACGUCAACGUCAACUCAAGAAGUUUGGUAAGAAGGUCCAAGUCGAGAAGCAAUUAGAAAGACAAAAGCAAAAGACCGAGAUGCUUGACAAGAUCAAGUUGCUCAAGAGAAGUAAGCAACCUAUUUGUAUGUAA